CUAUUCUCUCUCCUCUUUUUGAUCGACUUCGACUUUUCUGAAUCUGUCUUCUUCGGUUCUUCCGCUCUUCCGUCUUCGACUCUCUCCGUCUCUCGCCGUCACGCUCUGCCGUCUGUGACUCAAGUCACUCAACUGUCUCUCCUCUCUGAUCGAUUAUUCUUCGAUUCUUCUCCUCGACGACAUCGGACAUCCUACCCAGACCUAGAGAACCCAGUCACCCGCGGUCCGGCACCACCCAUCUUCUCGAUUCUCCUUCUCUCCUCCCCAACGACAUCACCGCCGUCGCGACCACCAACACUCCAUCGCCGCCGCCAGUUCAGCUGGCUCGGGCUUCCGCAUUCUCCUUUCCUUUGGACUCGUAUACGGAAGCAUUAUAAGCUCAACUGCUCAAGUAUCUCCAGACUCCAAGUGACCCUCCGAAGAAAGAAGGGCCAGUCUUCUGAUACCACUGUCUCUCUGUCUCUCCGCCAUAGUUGUUGAUCUUUUCCUCUCUGUCUUCUGGUUCUCAUAUAUUAGCUGAAUUCAAUCUCUCUUCGGCUCUGCAUAUUUUUUUUGUGGGUCUGAAAUUUUGCUUUGUGGGUUUAAAUAAAUGGCUGUCUUCUGGUUCUCAUAUAUUAGCUGAAUUCAAUCUCUCUCCGGCUCUGCAUAUUUUUUUUGUGGGUCUGAAAUUUUGCUUUGUGGGUUUAAAUAAAUGGCCACCAAUGCAUCUGGGUUCUUCACUGCUCCUACAGUUCCUAGCCAGAGGAGGAAGAUUCAGCAUUCAAUACGCAUUUUUGGAUCUGGGUUUCCUUUCCCUGAGGGAAUCUCCAAGAGGGUAUUCUGCUCCAGCACUUUUGAAGGCGCAGAGAAGCAUGUUGGAGCUUCUGCAUCUGAAUCUCGAUCACCCAAGCUUGUCAGUAAAGGCUGCAAGUUAAUUGGAUGCGGCUCAGCAGUACCCAGUCUUAAGAUUUCAAAUGACGAUCUUGCGAAAGUAGUAGAUACUAACGAUGAAUGGAUAUCUGUUCGCACUGGGAUUCGUAAUCGACGAGUUAUUUCAGGCAAAGAGAGCCUGACAACGUUAGCGGUCGAGGCAGCGCAUAAAGCUCUUGAGAUGGCACAGGUUGAUGUUGAUGAUGUGGACCUAAUCUUGGUGUGCACAUCUACGCCUGAUGAUGUCUUUGGCUGUGCCCCGAAGGUUCAGAAAGCACUCGGCUGCGCAAGGAAUCCUUUAGCGUAUGAUAUUACAGCUGCUUGUAGUGGAUUUAUUUUGGGUCUAGUAUCAGCGUAUUGUCACAUUAAGGCUGGUGGAUUUAAAAAUGUUCUUGUUAUUGGGGCUGAUGCUCUUUCCCGGAUUGUUGACUGGACCGAUAGAGGAACGUGUAUUCUCUUCGGGGAUGCUGCUGGGGCUGUAUUAAUACAGGCCUGCGAUGGUGAGGAUGAUGGUUUGCUUUCUUUUGAUGUGCAUAGUGAUGGUGAAGGAUACAGACAUCUAAAUGCCGCCUUGAAAGAAAAUGAAACAGAUGAUGAGUUGGGUUCUAAUGGUUCAGUCCUAGGCUUCCCUCCAAGACAAGCUUCAUAUUCCUGCCUUCAAAUGAAUGGUAAAGAGGUCUUUCGCUUUGCUGUGCGUGUUGUGCCACAGUCAAUUGAGUAUUCCCUUGCAAAGGCUGGUCUCCCUGCAUCUAGCAUUGAUUGGUUACUGCUCCAUCAGGCAAACCAGAGGAUCCUUGAUGCGGUUUCUACUCGCUUGCAAAUCCCAUCAGAACAGGUGAUUUCAAACUUGGCAAACUAUGGCAACACGAGCGCUGGUUCCAUACCGUUGGCAUUGGACGAAGCUGUGAGAAGCGGGAAGGUGAAACCAGGCCAUACUAUUGCAGCUGCCGGUUUUGGAGCAGGUCUGACUUGGGCUUCUACCAUUUUCAGAUGGGGUUGAAACUCGAAACCUCGCCUCCUGCCAAUACAGAACACGAACGUCGUCCUAGCCGUAUGAAGUGCGGUUUUGCAAUUCUUGCAUCACGUUCCAAAUGUAUUAGGUAUUGUUGCAUCAAAUCUCCAUCAGCGCCCUUUCAUUUGUUUUUCUUUAGUUUUUGGCACCCUCAAUAAGAUUGUAUUGUUUUUGGUCGGUCCAAUAAUUUAUUUGUUUUCUGUUUCUUGAGUCACAAGCCAAGGCUAAAAUAACAAUUCUAAUGCUGCAACGAAGACAGCUACUCUAUAUCUCAUGUUUGAAUUGAGCAUUUUUCAAAACUUUUGUU